AUGAUAGUGGAAUUAACGAAGCAGAUCUUUAGCGAGCAUGGUAUCCCAGCGAUUGUCAGAUCUGAUAAUGGACCACAUUUCCAAGGUCAUUACAAAACAUUUGCGGAAGAUUUCGGUUUUGAACAUAUCACAAGUUCUCCGCAUUAUCCGCGUAGUAAUGGAUUUAUUGAGAGCCAAGUGAAGAUUGUAAAGAAAAUUUUUCAGAAGGCAAGAAAGUCGAAGGUAGAUCCACAUAUGGCCCUAUUAUGCCUUCGUUCUACUCCAAUAGAUAGUCAACUUUCGUCUCCAGCCGAGCUAUUGUUUGGACGGCAAAUACAGGACAAUCUUCCUAGGAGAGACCUAGAACAAGCCAAGAUAAGUCCGUUCCGAGAUGUGUUUUCAAGACUACAGGAGAGACAGACAAAGCAGAAGUAUUAUUACGAUCGGUCAACGAAAAGUCUACCAAGCCUAUGUCAAAGGCAAAACGUGAUGGUUCAAAACCCGAGAAGUCUUGAAUGGGAACCAGCCGAAAUAGAAAGCGAGAUCGAAAAGGCUCCACGAUCCUAUAAUGUAUCGAUUCCCGAUGGAAGAGAAUUACGACGAAAUCGAUCGCAGAUUCGGGAACGUAGCUGUAAGAGAGUUCGUAUUAAUCCAAGUCCGGAGUCGCCAAAAGAGAUCAAACCACAAUCAACUCAAGAGAUCGAUAGUCCGGCUGCUGUACAGAGAUCGGAACUAGCCAAGAGUGCAAAUGAUCACUACACGACUAGGAGUGGAAGGAUCGUGAAGCCUCCGCAAAGAUUGAACCUUUAA